AUGUUCCGUAUGAGGAGAUACCGAGUGUUCCUCGUCUUCGCGGUCAUUGCAGUACUGGCGGUAUACAGGUUUGGGACGUCGGGCGCAACAUGGCGGGAAGCUGCAUCGAGUGCAGCGGGACGGCUAGAAGACGUAGCUGAAGACGCGGUGCAAUACAUCCACAAGCCCAACGUUGUCGCGCAGGAAACGAGGAAGCUGGAGGUCGAUGUACCAGCUGCAACGAGAAAGGCUCCUCUACAGACACCACCGCCUCCAGCCGCGCCCCUCAACGGUCCUGCAGGCAGGAAGUCGUCCACAGCGCCCGCAUCGAGCCCCGCCGUCACACCAAAGCUGCCGCAGCAGCACCUCCCUACUAUUCCCACGCCUGCCCACGGCCAACCGCACGGCCAACCACACGGCCAACCACACGGCCAACCAGCGGAUGCCAUUCCCCCAGAGUCGUUGAGCGUCGAGCCGGUGUACUGGUCGAAGCUGCCCGAGAACUUCCCUGUUCCUUCGCAGUCAAUGAGUAAGCUGCCAGCUGGCCAAUCAAAGCCAAUCAAGAAGAUACAAUUCGACUUCAGGCCCGAGACGGCAGAGGCGAGAGCUGCACGCACCGCAAAGCUCGACACAAUCAGGAACGUCUUCAAGAAGUCGUGGAAGGGAUACAGGGAGCUUGCGUGGGAGCAUGACGAACUCAAGCCCGUGUCUGGCGAGUUCAAGGACCCGUUUGCGGGCUGGCGCGCAACCCUGGUGGAUGCUCUGGAUACAUUGUGGAUCAUGGGUUUGAAGGAGGAGUUCGCCGAUGCCGUCAAAGCUGUCUCCACGAUCGACUUCACUACCACCUCGCGCGCCGACAUCCCGUUAUUUGAGACGACGAUUCGAUACCUCGGCGGGCUGCUGGCAGCGUACGACGUCAGCGGGAAUCAGCACAAGAUCCUUCUCGACAAGGCAGUCGAGCUUGCAGAGGUUCUGUACAGCGCGUUUGAUACGCCGAAUCGCAUGCCGGAGACGUACUACUAUUGGAGGUCGCAGUUUGCGUCUAAUGCUCAUCGCGCAGGCACUCGAGUGGUUUUGGCUGAGAUUGGAUCGCUCUCGAUGGAGUUCACGAGGCUCGCGCAACUGACUGGAGACCACAAGUACUACGAUGCGAUUGCGCGCAUCACCGACCAUUUGGAGGAAUUUCAGAACAACACGAGGCUCCCAGGCAUGUGGCCGACGUAUCUGGAUGCUUCAGGCUGUAAGAUGGUGGCUAUCGAUGUGCCUGCGCCUGCGCCAGUGCCUGCGCCUUUGAAUAGCCCUCCAGAAGAUAGUCUGACGCCAAGCAACCCGAAACCUACACCCACACCCACGCCAACUGAGCACCUUUCGCCAGACGGCAAGAAGAUGAUUCCGCUCGAUCUGCCUGACCCCAUCGUGCUCACACCAAACGGUGUAAACCCAACCUGGGUGCCACCAAAGCAAGGCUUGGACGACCCCAUGCUUGCUGCGCUGGGUAACGCUGCGAAGAUGUCUGCAUUGCCCGCACUUGAACGGCGACAGUUGGAUCCCGACAGGAGGACGCCUCCAAACACGGCGGGUGGUCUGGAAGCUGAUCUGCUGGCGCUUCAGAAAGAGAACAUGGACAUGAUCAAGUUUGAUGCAGCUUCGUCAACUGGCCUGGCCGUGCCUGCCGCUCCCACGUGCAGCCGGCAAGGAUUUGCGUCUAGCUCGAACUACGGUCGCGAAGAGUACACGCUUGGAGGCAUGUCUGACUCUACGUACGAAUACCUUCCUAAGCAGUGGCUGCUCCUCGGCGGCCAAAUCGAAAAGUACCGCACCAUGUACGAAUGGUCAAUGGACGUGGUCAAAGAGCACCUGAUAUUCCGCCCUAUGGUCCCCGGAGGCAACGACAUUCUCUACUCGGGCAAGUUCAACGUUCAGUCUCUGAAAGACGAGCCACUGGUGGGUGACCUCGAGCCCGAAAAUGCACAUCUGACGUGCUUUGCUGGCGGCAUGUUUGGUAUGGGCGCGAAGCUCUUCGACCGUCCCGAAGACCUCGAGAUUGCGAAGAAACUCACAGAAGGCUGUAUUUACGGCUACGACAUGACAGCGACCGGCAUCAUGCCAGAAGGCUACGACGCCGUGCCUUGCGAAAGCCGAACCGAGUGUCCCUGGAACGAGACGCUGUACCACGAACUCAUCGAUCCGCGCUCAGACUGGCGCAUGGAGAACUACCAAGAGCAACUCCAGCAAUACCAGACCCAACUCGUAUCUGCCUUGUCUUGGUACGAAGAGGCGAUGGCUCUAUACACUGCUGUUCCUGAGCCUGUUGCAAAUCCAAUGGUUCCAGCACAAGCCACACCUACACCCUCUUAUGUCUUCGCAGACACCCUUGAUCGCCGCCAAUUGAUCGAUCUUCUCGACGACGCAACCCAUGUCAACGUCGAAGACACACCCGGUGUCCCCGCUAAACCCGCAAACCCCUCGCCGCCAGCCGCUGUUCGACCACUCGCUGUUCCUCACACCCCUCUUGAGUCCCAGGAUCACGACUCGGUCAUGGGCGGUGAGCCUGAAGAGGGUGAAGGCCCGCCCACGAAAGUCCAACCUGGCCUCAACAUCCCUGAAGUCGGCAGUUCACCACUGCCCACCCAUACAGCACCGGAGUUUCCAUACUUGUACUCACCGAUGCCGGUCAUGAGCCACAAGGAGUACGUCAAGAACCGCAUUGAGGAAGAGCGCCUCCCCGAAGGUGUCGUCCGCAUCGGAGCGCGGAACUACAUUCUCCGACCCGAGGCCAUCGAGAGCGUAUGGUACAUGUACCGCAUCACCGGCGACCCUCACUGGCGCGAGGCCGGGUGGCGCAUGUUCGAAGCCGUCAACCGUGCAACGACCGCUGAGUUUGGCAACUCAGCGAUCGACGACGUUACGAAAGCGGCCCCGGAGCUCAAUGAUAGUAUGGAGAGCUUUUGGCUUGCGGAGACGCUGAAGUACUUCUAUUUGCUGUUCGCGGAUGAGAAGUUGGUCAGUCUCGAUGAGUGGGUGUUGAAUACUGAGGCGCAUCCUUUUAGACGGCCGACUUGACGCGCGCGUGGAUGGAAGCACAUCCAGGGCAUGGUGUUGUAGAAGUAACAAGGCGUCUCUGGCGUUUGGACAUUGUGUACUGUGGGCUUCGGCCUGAUUGAUACCGCUGGGGGCAGUAGGACUUGCUUGAACACAGGCGGUGAUUAUACCAUAGCAUAGCAUCUAU